AUUAUAAAAUCAAGGGAGGUCCAGCUCUUUGUUCAGUCUCCUCUCUUCCAUCUUUUCAUUUCGACUUUCAACUCAGAAUUCGCCCUCUCGCUCGAGGGGUUUCUUUUUUCCUUUUUUUUCCUUUCUUUUUUUCCUUUUUUUUCCCUUUCUUUUUUGUUUUCAUUUCUUUCCUUCUUCCUUUUUUAGUUCCUUUUAAUUUUUAUUUUUUGCCCCCUUUCUCUUUCUCUUUCUCUUCAUCUUCUUCUUCCAUUUUUUCAAUCUCUUCAGAAACCCUAAACCUAGAGCCUUUCACGAAUCCCCGAGUUUUCUCUAAUUGAAAGAAGAUGCAGCAGCAAAGGCUCAAGCAACAGGCUAUGAUGCAGCAGUCACUGUAUCACCAUCCGGGUCUCUUGACUGGUCAUCAGAUAGAGCCCAUUUUGAGUGGAAAUCUGCCUCCUGGCUUUGAUUCAACUACUUGCCGCAGUGUGUAUGUGGGAAAUAUUCACCCCCAGGUCACAGAGCCCCUUCUGCAAGAAGUUUUCUUGAGUACUGGUCCUAUUGAAGGGUGCAAACUUAUUAAAAAAGAUAAGUCAUCCUAUGGUUUUGUGGACUAUUUCGAUCGCAGAUCAGCUGCCCUUGCUAUUGUGACCCUUAAUGGAAGGCAUCUAUUUGGGCAACCUAUUAAAGUUAAUUGGGCAUAUGCUAGUAGUCAGAGGGAGGAUACAUCAGGUCAUCAUAACAUUUUUGUUGGUGAUCUCAGCCCUGAAGUUACAGAUGCUACAUUGUUUGCAUGCUUUUCUGUGUACUCCAGUUGUUCGGAUGCAAGGGUUAUGUGGGAUCAGAAAACUGGGCGUUCAAGAGGUUUUGGUUUUGUUUCUUUUAGGAAUCAGCAGGAUGCCCAAAGUGCUAUAAAUGACUUGAAUGGGAAGUGGCUUGGAAGUAGACAGAUCCGAUGUAACUGGGCUGCAAAAGGUGCUACUUCCAAUGAGGACAAACCAAGUUCAGAUGCUAAAAGCAUUGUAGAGCUGACUAAUGGUCCAUCUGAAGAAGGCCAAGAGAAGCCUAAUGAUGAUGCUCCAGAGAACAAUCCUCAGUAUACCACUGUUUAUGUGGGCAAUCUUGCUCCAGAGGUUACAUCAGUAGAUCUCCACAGGCAUUUCCAUGUCCUUGGAGCGGGCACUAUUGAAGAUGUUCGUCUGCAACGAGAUAAAGGAUUUGGUUUUGUGAGAUACAGUUCACAUGCUGAAGCAGCUCUAGCUAUACAGGUGGGAAAUGCUCGAAUUCUAUGUGGUAAACCAAUUAAGUGCUCAUGGGGUAGCAAACCUACUCCACCAGGAACAAGCUCUGUGCCUCUUCCUCCACCAGCUGCUGCACAUAUGCCUGGUUUUUCAGCUGCUGACCUUGCUGCCUAUGAACGGCAGAUGGCAUUGAGUAAAUAUGGUGGUGCACAGGCUAUGGGUAUGAUGCAUCCACAGAGUCAGCAUGUCCUUAAGCAAGCAGCCUUGGGAAUGGGGUCUGCAGGAGCUAGUCAGGCAAUAUAUGAUGGUGGAUUCCAAAAUGUGGCAACAACCCAGCAGCUUAUGUACUACCAGUAAUGUUGGGAUCCAGCUCCUAUUAUAAUAGCUUCACAGGGAGGAAUAAGUAUUUGGAGAACUGUAGGAUGAUGCUACUUUUUUCGUGUUCGAAUUUGUGUUCUUUUCUGUUUUUUUUUUUCUUUCCUUUGCUAGAUUGCUGUAUUUCUCUGUUCUAUACAUUCAACGUGUGUGGAUGGUUGUUCCCUAUUUGAGAUAAUACUUAAUUAUCCGCUCAAACUUUACCAAAUAUACUGUUCAUCCUUGAAUUAAAUUAAGAUUACC